AAAAAAAGUGUCAGGUCAAUAGUGUGUAAAUAAAACAAAGAGAAGGGAAUAAAUAAAGAGGGUCAGUUCAGAUCGACACCAGGCACCGAGUACUAACUGCCCCCCAUCCCACAACCAGCAGCACCACCCCCGCUCCCGCGGAGAUCGGACGCAGUGCGGCGAGAGCCCACAAGCAGAGCAACUAGUGUCCAGUUACCAGGUGUCCCGUGUCCAAGUGUCCACAUCUCUAUGGUGUCGCCAGCAACAUGAACCUGGAAUCCCUGUUCCGCGACUUCAAUCCCUGCAAAUUCAUCGUGCACUGCAGCCUGUUCACCUUUGUCACGCUCUUCGCCUUGCGCCUGGACAAUUUCAUAGACUGGCCCUACUGGGCGAUCUUCACACCGCUGUGGAUAUGGAAGUGCACCGCCAUCCUGGGCGCCAUCGUGGGCGCCAUCGUUUGGUGCCGGUAUCCCCACUACCGCCUCGAGGGCGACGCCUACACGCAGUUCAAGGCGAUGCUCAUCUCGCUGGCCCUUCACCUGAUCCUCCUGAUGUUCGAGCUGCUGGCCUGCGAUAAGCUGACCUCGGACCGCCACCUGUGGGUGCUGGUCUUCAUCCCGCUGAUCUUCGGCUCGGUGGUGAGCGUGGGCGCCUGCGUUUGGGCCGUCAAGCACGAUCGCUCCUUCGAGCUGGAGCUCUUCUUGGCGGUCAAUGCGCUGCAGUUUGUCUCGCUGCCGCUGAAGCUGGAUCGCUUUGUCUACUGGAACUGGGACGUGGUGUUCGUGCCAAUGUGGAUCGUUAUAUGCCUGAGCUUGGUCAGCGUGCUGUACAACAUCAUCUUCUGUGGCAUCAUGAUGCGCACGCCGGAGGUCUCGCUGCAGCAGAAGAAGGCGGCAUUGAACGCGGCGGUGGGAAACAUUUGCACGGUGCUGCCACUGCUCUGCUUUCAGGUCGUCAUCUGUGACAAGCUGGACGGCGAGCUCAAGUUCCCGUACAUCGUGGUCUUCUCGCCGCUGCUCGUUUCCAUUCUGGCGCUAAUCAUCCUCAGUUUCACGGCCAAGGGCGGCAACAUGUGGUGGUUCGGCAUCCGCAAGUCCUUUAGCCAGUUUCUGUUGUCCGCGAUGCCGUUCCUGCAGGAGUACGGCAACAUCAGCUACCACCCGGAAACGCAUAGCAAUGCCGGGCAGUCCAUGCCGCUGGAUGCCACCUCCUCGUCGACGAGCAUGGCGGCCAGCGAGCAGCUGCACGAGUUUGGCAAGCACGACAAGAAGAGCAAGAAGGGGGCCAAGAACGACAUCCUCAAGCCGGUGGUGCCUUUCGUCAGCAUCGACCUGCCGGACUAGAUAAAUAUACACAUGUAUAGACGGCCAGCACUGCACAGGAGCAACAGCAACAAUAAAUAGCAAGAACCACGUAGCCCUAAGGACAGCCUCUCAGCACGCGCACACGGAGACGGCGACGCCGCACACCUUUGUUCAGGUGUUCAUAUAUAUAUUAUACAUAACCAUUGCAUACCCAAACAGACUCACACAUCGGCCGUAGCUUUUAGACUCGUACUGAAUUUUAAUUGUAAGACAACUGCUAACACCCCAUGCCGCCCCCCAGCCACGCCUAUCGCCCCCUCGCAUCCGCCUGCAUAUAAUAGCCGUACAUAUAUAGAGGCCCUGACCACACUGGUUGCUGUGCCCAACCCAGACCCAAAUCGACCAUCACCUUGACCACAAUUCUGUUUAUCAAACUGAACAAGACCGCACCAUACAACACUUGACUCUCGGCCUUAUAUAUGUGCUAAUAUAUGCUACAUCCCUCACACUCUGAGAAUUCACUUAUGUGUAAUGCCCUACGAUAAAGUGUAAAUAAUUUACAAAACUACAAGAAAACAAGAAAUAUACUUAAGUGCUUC